AUGGAUAAAGCAGUUCAUAAGCCGGAGCAUAAGUUAUUUUUCGGGGACAUUUGCUUAUUUGUUUUUCUCCCUUUUUUUUUUUUAAAGGCGCGGGGCUCAAAUAGCCUUCCUUUUCUCAGAAAUCUGUUAGACAAAUUGAAUGCUAAUCAGCAAAACAUCUUGAAAUUUAUUGCCUGCAACGAAAUCUUCUUGAUGCCAGCUACUGUGUUUAUGCUUUUCAGCGGCCAAGGAAGCUUGUUGCAGCCUUUCAUUUACUACAGAUUUCUAACCCUCCGUUACUCUUCUCGCAGAAAUCCUUACUGCCGGACCCUCUUCACGGAACUGAGGAUUGUGGUUGAGCAUGUCAUCAUGAAACCUUCGUGCCCCCUGUUCCUGCGAAGGCUCUGCGCCAGCAGCAUUUCUUUUAUAACCAGAUUGGCCCCCACGAUGGCGUAGCCCGGCCUGGAAAUCCCGCGUGCAUCUCUCUCUCUCUCUCUCUCUGUCUCUCUUCCUCUCUAACGAACAUUUUGAGCAGCUGGAAUUUCUGCUGGUGAUUUAUAUAAAUUCAGGAUCUCUCUCAAGGUUGUAUAGAAGUGGUUCCUGCCAAGAAUCUGUUUUUGUGGAGUGUAUCUAAUCUAUAUGGGUUGUUUUGUUUUUGUUUUUUUUGUUUUAAAGUCUUGUUUUUCUUUCCUCGA